AGCAUACAUACAAACACAACAUGCCUCGAGGAUCCGAAUACAGCGACGAGAAGCGUGCAGCCGCUCUGAUCAUGUUUCUCAUCUUCAAAGCCUCACACAGCGAUGUCGAAGCACGAACAGGCGUCUCCAAGUCAGCAGUUCGACAAAUGGCUUCCCGCGCACAUAAAGCCGGUGUCGACAGAACUUCGAUAGAAGAGUUGAUCGUGUUCGCCCGAACGAAGCCUCGAAAAGGUCGACCGCGUCGUGAUGCGACAGACAAGCCACCAAAGACUCCACGAGCUCGUGAGAAGGUACCGCAGUCGCUUGGACCUAAAGAAGCUGUCGACCAAACCUCUGGCCCGGUGCCACCGGUGCAACCCAUAAUCGACCCUAUUUCGCUACCAUCUGGUACCGAGGAUCUAUUCGAGGUCAUCAAGAGUUGGAAUCAGCGUAAAGAGCAGGCCAUCAACGCGUCCUAUCUUGCCAUGACCAAGGAGCAGGAGUAAGGGAUCCCGCAUGAAUACACAUGGCAUUCGGUGCUUCUUAUCACGCCCAUAGUAGCCUAUUUUACACACUUAGGGGGGCUGCCGGAUUCGACAUGGUUCACAGGAGGGCAACCCUCGACAGUUAUGUCAUCAUGUCAGGGUGAUGCCAACAACGAGUGCUGUAAUGACCGUCAACAAUAUUACGAGACCACGACGAACAAAUUUCUUUCUUUUAUGUGUCUACUACAUGUAUUGAGAUAUUAGCC